AUGUUCAGCGCAUUUAGCAUCACGAAUGGGAAAUGUCAUGAACGAGACAGUCGACAAUUUGCGAUCAAACAAUCAGUGAUCAGUGACGAACGCUUGCAGCGCUGUCAAACCCUCCUUACCUUUCUCGACUGCCCGCCUCUCGCAAUGAGCUCCCGUUUUGAUUCUCGAGACGAUAUGCCCACGUCGACGGCAGCAACAACGACCUACCAGACAGCAUUUAGCGUGCCAGCAAAGGACACAGAAUCGAUUCAUUUAGGCACGGAUACCGAAUCUGAAGCCUUCACUACCUCCCCACUCCUUCCUGAAAUUCCUAACCUGGACUUUGACCUAUCGAGCAUCAUCAGUGGGUCCAGCGAUCCUGACGUUGACCAGGAAAAAGUGAAGAAGCGAGCGUCGAAUGUGCAGAAGCUGGCGGAGGAGAACGAGAAGCUCAAGGCAGAACUGAAGGCGAUGACGGACCGACUGGAGGCGGCAGAGAGGAAACGAGCGCAGCUGGCGCAGAAGAGGAACAAGCAGCAGCAUAUUCUUGAGCCGUCAUCUACCUAA